AUGUUCGAGAAACGCACAGGCCUUCGGGCCUGGUACGACAGGUUUGCUGCCUUCGACGUUGCGCAGCUCUUCUCGCGCACCAAGAAGAUCGGGCCUCCUCGGAAAGUGUUCGUGAACGAGGAAUUGCCGCAGGACUAUUAUGAUCACAAAGGCAGGGUGAAGAAGGAGCACGUAUAUGUUUCCAACCAGGUUAUCACGUCCAAGUUAUAA